ACCAUGGAAUUAUGGAUAAAGUUGUCGGUGUUGUUGUGCUGCUGCUGCUUCGGAGCGAGUGCGGACUUUGACGGCAGGUGGCCACGGCAGAUGGCCUCAUCCAACGGCCUGUGUCGAUACGGGGCCAGGGUGGACUGCUGCUGGGGAUGGACCCGCCGCUCCUGGGGUCACUGCCAACCUCUCUUCGCCUUAACUCACAGAGUAGUCGGGAUAAGGUGCCAGCCGCAAGCUGUGUGCCAGCCGGGCUGUAAGAACGGAGACUGCGUGGGACCCAAUAAGUGCAAGUGCCACCCGGGCUUCACUGGCAAGACCUGCAAUCAAGAAGAAGAGCUGGACUAUUUAACCCCACCAGUGUGGGCCAGUCACCUCCCUAUCUUUCUACCUGUGGAUCAUCAGCCAGCCAGAGUGGUGAUGGAGGACCUGAAUGAGUGCGGGCUGAAGCCGAGGCCUUGUAAACACAGGUGCAUGAACACAUACGGGAGUUACAAGUGCUACUGCCUCAACGGCUACAUGCUGUUGCCUGACGGGACCUGUGGAAACGCCCGCACUUGUGGCAUGGCCAACUGCCAGUACGGCUGCGAGGUGAUGAAAGGAGAGGUCCGAUGUCAGUGUCCUUCACCGGGGCUGCAGCUGGCUCCAGAUGGAAGAACUUGUGUGGAUGUGGAUGAGUGCGCAGCAGGGAUCGCUGUGUGUCCCCGGUUCAGGAAAUGCAUCAACACCUUCGGCAGCUACAUCUGCAAGUGCCACGAUGGCUUUGACCUGCAGUACAUCGGAGGGAAAUACCAGUGCACAGAUGUGGAUGAGUGCUCUUUAGGUCAGAGCCACUGCAGCAGCUUCGCCACCUGCUACAACACGCCGGGCUCAUACAAGUGCAAAUGCAGAGACGGCUACAGGGGGAUGGGCCACGACUGCAAACCCAUUCCAAAAGUGGUUAUUGACCCACCGAGACCGGGGAAACCGCCCCCAAAUCAUCACAACCACAUCCCUGACCGGGAUCAGAGGAGGACCACCACAACCAUCCGCCCUCCACAGACCCCAAGGAGAAUCUUCCCCGUUAUCCCCAAAUCUACCACCACCACCACCACCACAACAACAACUACCCCAACUGCAACAACCAAGGCACCUCCUCCUCCGCGUCGGGUAACCCCAGCCCCACGAAAACCAUCAGUUCCCACCCGGAAGCCUUUCAUCCCCACCAGGAAGCCUCUGAUACCAACACGCAAGCCUUUCAUCCCACCCAGGCCAGUAGCUCCGACCAGUCGCCCCUCCACGCCGCCACCACCCACCCCUGUAGACAACACCAUCCAGAAGGAGGUCACGAAGCAGAGAGGGGACGUUCACAUCCCUCGGAACAACGGCGACAACACCGUGCUCGGCAUCGACUUUGACAUUGAGCUCGGCAACACGGCGGAUGAAGCCAGAGACGACCCAGAGUCAGGGUAUCUGAGCUGCUCUUUUGAUGACGGCCUUUGCGGCUGGAUCAGGGACAAAGACGGAGACCUACACUGGGAGACGACACCUGAUCCGUCAGGUGGACGGUACCUCACCAUACCUGAUGUAGGAAACAAGAGGACUGGACGAGGGGCUCGGCUGGUCCUCCCGCUCACCCCUCCCUGGAACGAUGGCAAUCUGUGCCUGUCGUUCCGGCACAAGCUGGCGGGCCACCACGUGGGGAUGCUGCAGGUGUUUGUGAAGAAGGGGAAGCAGUACAGUCCAGCAGUGUGGGGCCGGACAGGUGGAAACGGCUGGAGGCACACCCAAAUCACAUUAUGGGGCACAGGCCUGGAAAGUGUGAUCCUGAAGGGGGAGCGUGGGCGAGGCAGGAGUGGAGAGAUGGCCGUGGACGACAUCACCCUGAGGAAAGGCUCCUGCACGGAGGAGCACAAUCUGAGGAGACUCUAA